CUGCUUCAACCCUCACGGCGAAUCACCAAUGCUGCGACCAAUUGCGAGGGUCGCCCCAUUUCACGCAGGAUCUUCAACAAAAUGGAAGCUCAUACCGAGCAUUCGCUGCUUUUCUACUACAUUAGACAGUAUACCGAGCAAGAAUGACUUUGACGUCGUCGUCAUUGGAGGAGGACAUGCUGGAGCCGAAGCCUGCGCUGGAGCAGCAAGAGCUGGCGCAAGAACGCUUUUGAUAACCCAGAAUCCAGAUACCAUUGGUGAGAUGUCUUGUAACCCCUCGUUUGGCGGAAUUGGUAAGGGCAUCUUGAUGAGAGAAAUAGAUGCCAUGGAUGGGCUUUGCAGCAGAGUAUCAGAUUUGUCUGGUAUUCAAUUCAAUGUCCUUAACAAGUCCCGAGGACCAGCAGUUCAUGGACCACGAGCGCAAAUUGAUCGCAAGAUUUACAAGCGACAUAUGCAGCAUAUUCUUAAGGACUAUCCCAAUCUCACAAUCUUAUCUGGAAGUGUUCACGAUCUGGUUAUCAAGAAGGGGGCAUUAGGCGCAGAUAUUGCAAAUGGCGACAUUGGUGCAGAAGUUGGUGGCGUAACAUUAGAGGAUGGAAAUACCAUAACGGCGUCAAAGGUCGUCAUCACUACAGGAACUUUCUUGGGAGGAGAAAUUCAUUUAGGAUUGAAGGUGUGGCCAGCCGGAAGAAUUGACGAAAACCCGUCAAUUGGAUUGUCAAACUCACUGAAAGUUGCCGGGUUUCAAUUAGCCCGUUUGAAAACAGGGACACCACCUAGACUAGACGGCAAAACCAUUGACUAUAGCGAUCUUCAAGUCCAAAAUGGAGAUAACCCACCAACGCCUUUUUCAUACCUUCAUGACAGUGUACCCUAUGCCAACGAACAAGUCCAAUGUCAUCAAACAAGAACGAAUUCGGAUACCCACAAGAUCAUAGCAGAUAAUUUUCAUCAAUCAAUUCAUAUUCGUGAGACAGUUAAAGGGCCACGCUAUUGUCCAUCUAUAGAAUCCAAAAUUCAAAGAUUCACUCAAAAGGAAUCCCACAUCAUUUGGCUGGAACCAGAGGGCUUCGAUACAGACUUGGUUUAUCCCAACGGCAUUUCCAAUACCAUGCCAGAAGACAUCCAAUUGAAGUUUUUACGUACCAUCAAAGGGCUGGAAAAUGUAGACAUGGUUCGACCAGCUUACGGCGUGGAAUACGAUUAUGUUGACCCACGUGAGCUUCGUUCAACGCUUGAAACAAAGCGUAUCAAGGGUCUUUACCUUGCUGGACAAAUCAAUGGAACAACUGGCUACGAGGAAGCUGCAGCUCAAGGUAUCAUUGCUGGCGUAAAUGCUGGUCUUUCGUCACAAGACAAAAACCCAUUGAUUCUUGAUCGAGCAGACGGAUACAUUGGUGUUUUGAUAGACGAUCUUAUCACCAAAGGUGUAGAAGAACCAUACAGAGUAUUCACUGCAAGAGCAGAAUAUCGACUUUUGCUUCGAGCAGAUAAUGCAGAUACACGUUUGACGGAAAAAGCUCACCAUGCUGGAAUCGUGAGCAAAGAGCGAUGGAAUCGAUUUUCGGCUUCUAAUCAAGAGCUCAAUGGUGCUUUAGAAGUAAUGGAAAGCACUUCACUUUCUCCUGAGAAAUGGUCAAAAUACGGUAUUAAUGUCAAUAGUGAUGGUGUCAUGCGCAGUGCGCUGGACCUCCUACGAUGGCCAAAUAUUACGGUUGAAAACUUCUAUGAACUCGUCCCUCAACUAAAGCAUUUGUCUCCAGAGAGCAAAAAGAGAGUGGAAAUUGAAGGUCUUUAUAAACCGUUCAUAAAAAGACAAGAAGUAGAAGUUUUGGCGCUGCGCCGUGAUGAGGACAUUUUACUCGAUGUCAACAUGGAUUAUAGCGGCUUGAAUAACCUUUCCAAUGAAAUCCGUCAAAAGCUUGCUAUCGUUCGGCCGGAGACCCUGGGAGCAGCAAAAAGAAUUGAAGGAAUGACGCCAGCCGCCGUCUUUGUUUUGCUGAAACAUGCGCAACGAAGCAGCUCACGAUCUGCUAAAUAAAUAUCAUACGGAUAGCAUAUUUGUAGAGACACUAGAAUAAAUGUUUGUAGAAUAAUUGGAUACUACACAACCAGUGAGUAGCCAGUAUAUGGG